AUGCUCAAGAACAUCGGGAUUUCACCAAGAGGUAGCGCUGCUCUUGAUAUGGGCUUGAUGUGGGCGGUCAAUGCUAAUGCCAUUCCGGCUGCUAUGUGGAUGUUGCUGGGCAUACUACUCGACAAGAAUCUGACUGAUAGAGUCAUGGUCGAGAUGGAACCUUCUUUCCAUGAGAAGUCUUUGUCUUUCGAUAUUGACAGACUCUGCUCAGGACCUCUUCUCAACUCAAUCUAUCUUGAGAUCCUUCGAGUCCGCGUUGCAGCACCGGUGGGCCGGGCUUCACUCAUACCCAAUCUCAAAUUCGGAAAAUGGCAGAUGAAACAAAACGUCGGCAUGCUUUCAACAUCCUGGGUCGGUGGCCACGAUCCUGACUUUUGGAAUACUGGAAGUACACUCCCAGAUGGAUCCGAAGAGCACCCUGUAGACAAAUUCUGGGCCGAGCGGUUCCUCAAAUACGAAGACGAUCCAACCAGUGGUCCAGUUCGAAGCACCAACGUCAAGCCUUCGCCGGAAGCUUCUAAGCGCACACCCGAAGACGACAGUAAAGCACGUGCAGUUACAGAGGGGACACAAGGAUAUUUCUACCCCUACGGUGGCGGCACAAAGAUGUGCCCCGGUCGCUUCUUCGCUAAGCAAGAACUCAUGGCGGGUGUUGCAGUGGCUCUGCGAGCUUACGAGAUCGAACUCGUCGACCCUGAAGCAGCAGCCAAGAUUGGACCGAACAUGGAUUACUUCCCGUUCGGUACGAUCCCUCCAAAGGGCAAGGUCCCAGCUCGAAUCAGAAGGCGACAACUAUAA